AUGAAGCUGGCAUCUGUCGUUUUUAGCCUCCUGCCCGCCGCUUUGGCAUUGCCGGCCUCGGAAGGCACCUUGGGCCGACGGCAAACCAGCCUCUCAGCCAUCACAGAUCAGCUGCUAUUUAGCAUAACACUCCCUGACUUCAUUACUCGCCGCAACGCCAAAAACCCUUCUACGCUUGACUGGUCAUCUGAUGGCUGCACCGACUCGCCGGAUAAUCCGUUUGGAUUCCCCUUUGUCCCUGCUUGCAACCGACACGACUUUGGCUACCAGAAUUAUCGCCUUCAAAAUCGCUUUACAGAUAGUGGCAAGCUCAAUAUCGACAACAACUUCAAAUCUGACCUCUACUACCAAUGCCAAUCAUCGAGUGUAACGUCAGUUUGUAAAGCACUCGCAGAUGUUUAUUAUGCUGCUGUGAGAGCUUUUGGAGGCGGCGACGCGUCCCCUGGAAAAAGGGAAGAAUCACAAGAUGACUUGAUCAGGGAGUACGAGGCAAAGUUGGAAAUCUAUAACCAGGCUGUGAAGGAUGCUCAAGCCAAGGGAUUACUGCCGAUUUUAGACUGA